AAAUAGCAAAGGGGGGCUUCAAGUGAGCCCCUCUUGAAGUGGGGGCACUUUUGAAAAAGUUGGGGGUACAGCAGAGAGCGGGGGGACAGCAGAUACCGGGGGGACAGGAGAGAGGGGAGGAACAGCAGAGAGGCGGGGAACGGCAGAGAGCAGGGGAACAGCAGAGAGGGGGGGAACAGCAGAGAGGGGGGGAACAGCAGAGAGCAGGGGAGCAGCAGAGUAGGGGGGAACAGCAGAGAGCAGGGGAGCAGCAGAGAGGGGGGGAACAGCAGAGAGCAGGGGAGCAGCAGAGAGGGGGGGAACAGCAGAGAGCAGGGGAGCAGCGGAGAGGGGGGGAACAGCAGAGAGCAGGGGACAGCAGAGAGGGGGGGAACAGCAGAGAGGGGGGGAACAGCAGAGAGCAGGGGAGCAGCAGAGAGGGGGGGGAACAGCAGAGAGCAGGGGAGCAGCAGAGAGGGGGGGAACAGCAGAGAGCAGGGGAGCAGCAGAGAGGGGGGGAACAGCAGAGAGCAGGGGAGCAGCGGAGAGGGGGGGAACAGCAGAGAACAGGGGAACAGCAGAGAGGGGGGGAACAGAAGAGAGCAGGGGAGCAGCGGAGAGGGGGGGAACAGCAGAGAGCAGGGGAGCAGCGGAGAGAGGGGGAACAGCAUAGAGCAGGGGAGCAGCAGAGAGGGGCGGAACAGCAGAGAGGGGGGGAACAGCAGAGAGCAGGGGAGCAGCAGAGAGGGGGGGAACAGCAGAGAGCAGGGGAACAGCAGAGAGGGGAGGAACAGCAGAGAGGGGGGGAACAGCAGAGAGCAGGGGAGCAGCAGAGAGGGGGGGAACAGCAGAGAGGGGGGGAACAGCAGAGAGCAGGGGAGCAGCAGAGAGGGGGGGAACAGCAGAGAGGGGGGGAACAGCAGAGAGCAGGGGAGCAGCAGAGAGAGGGGGAACAGCAGAGAGCAGGGGAACAGCAGAGAGGGGAGGAACAGCAGAGAGGGGGGGAACAGCAGAGAGCAGGGGAGCAGCAGAGAGGGGGGGAACAAUGCAUAAGCCCACUCCACGUGGUCGAGCAGAAAGACAAGUGUCGCCUGAUUCAGGAUCUCCGAAAGGUGAAGGACGCACUAAUCGUCCCCAAAUUUAAAUAUGAGGGACUCAACCGUGUAGCGGACCUUGCUCGCCAAGGGGACUGGAUGUUCUCCAUCGACUUGAAAUCAGGCUAUCACCAUGUCGACAUCCAUCCCUCGUGCUGGACGUUCCUCGGCUUUGAAUUCGACGGGCGCACAUACGCCUUCCGAUCCUUGCCGUUCGGCCUCGCCACAGCACCAUUCGUCUUCACGCAGCUCAUCAAGCAAUUAGCUCGGCGAUGGCGGGAGCAGAGAGACCUUGAGCCCGACUUCACCCCAGAUGGAUUCUGAAUUUCGGAUUUAUAUUUUGAGUAAUUCUAGCUCCUAAGUUCACCUAGACUCCGUCCUUAAUCCUAACAAGUGGCAUCAGAGCUGUAUUAAGGACGUUGAGAGGAGUCUACAGAAGUGUGAAGACCCUUCUAGACCCACCAUGGCCUCUCGCCAAGAAUGCUUGUCUGCAUGGGCUGACAAAACACAUAAGGCCUAAGUGGCAUUGGGUGAGGAGAAUCCUUGAUAAGGAGGUGCGGCUGGAGAUAGUGAAGACCCAUCAGCAGGCAGCAGAUAUUUUCACCAAGCGUCUGGCGGAGGCGGAUCAUUGGAAGGGCAUGAAGCUUGCUGGGAUGAGUGUGCAUUGAGUAUGCAUGCUUGAGAUGUGGUAUGGUGGAUGAUGGUUGGCAGCCAGAGGGGGAGAUUGUUGUGUCAUGUCAUCAUAUGCUAUCACAUUCUGUCUGCCUCCCAUCCCAUGUUUUCAACUUGCAUGUG